CUCGACGUUGAUUCGGUAACCACAUGCCAGCAAAGGAGAGCCCACUCACCUCUCGGCUUGGUGGGGGGUGCCUGGCUUUACCAAUACGGCAUUAGUCCGGCCAGCCGGAGCGGGAGACGACGUCAGGUGGCACUCCCUCGCGGGUGUUGCCGGCCGGCCACCACGGCCCAGCUGAGCCAUGCCACCAACCACGCCGCAGCACGGCGGCGAUGACGGCGAGCGGUUCGCGGAGGUGGUGGUGGUCCGGCACGGGGAGACGUCGUGGAACGCCCCCCGCAUCGUUCAGGGACAAAUGAAUCCAGAACUAAAUGAGACCGGCAGGCAGCAAGCUGUUGUGGUGGCCCGUCGUCUGUCGGCAGAGGCCAAGCCGGCUGAUGUAUACUCCUCCGACCUCAAGCGUGCUGCCGAGACUGCACAAGCCAUAGCUAAAGCUUGUGAUGUAUCAAACGUAGUGUUGACUGAAGAACUAAGAGAGAGGCACAUGGGACAUCUCCAAGGUAUGAAGUGGGACGAUGCGUUUGUUCAAAACCCAGGGGCUUUCAAAGGUUUCAAUAUCUUUGAGCCUAAAGGGGGCUUGAAUUUCAACGACAGAGACCAAGAAAUCCCGGGUGGUGGAGAGAGCCUCCUGAACCAGCUAACCCAGCAGUGUGUCACCUACCUGAACAAAAUCGCCCAGCAACACAUCGGGGAGCGGGUGAUCGUGGUCUCUCACGGCGCGGCGAUAGUGGAGCUCUGCCGGCACACCGAUCCCCCCGGCAGCUCGGUUCACCGGAACUUCCCCAACACCUCGCUCAACGUCUUCCAUGUCUCGGGUGUCACCAGGCAGUGGGCCCUAGCGAGGUUCAGCGACGUCGGCCACCUCGAUGGAAAGGGCGCUCUCGAGGAUGCCUUCGACGGCAACGGGGUGUCUGCCUAA